GAAAAAAAAAAAGAUCCUAGCUGUAGAAUGAACCAAUUUCAACUGAAAGUUUUCCUUUUUUUUCCAUCUAAAAUAAUGAAAAAAAUGAAUAAUAAUAAUGAUUUAAAAAUAUCCGCGCCUAAUAUUUCAUCCAUUUUUUUUUUUCUUUUAAUGCAAACAUUUUCCACUAGAUAACACCUCAAGCAACAUCAUUGAAUUUUCUCAUUGGUUAAAACGAAAAAAAAAAAAAAAUGGUGCUAUAUUCCAAUGGUAAAGGAAUUUUUCUAUUGGUUGAAAUCUUUUUAAAUUUUUUUAUUGGUCAAAAGUUCUCUCUAGCGGAAAAAUUCUCAAUCCACCUGUUUUCCAAUCCUUUUCAAGGUUACAAGUUCUUUUCGUUACAACCAGCAUCCUUGCCUGAAACCUUAUCCUUAAAUUCAAUCCUUUCGUUUAACCUCUAAUCAUGGUUCCACGUCCAAGUAUCAUCAUGCAUGAAUAUCGCAACAUUUUAGUAAAUGAAAGAAAUUCGGUAGAGAGAAAAAUUACAAGGAGAAGGAAUAAGAAGACCGAGCUGCUGAAGAGGAAUCUUGAUACGGGGCUGGACAGAUCGCUUGGGAGGAGACUGGAGAUCACUGCUGCACUUAUAGAGCUCCAAAUAAUCAGCGAUCAGUUGGACAUGGAUAUCAGGGAUACCACUAGAGUGAUUGAAAGGAUGUUGGAAAGAGAGACUGGUGUUGCCCGGGUCCUGCCAGAUAUUCCAUGCCCUCUGGAUGACCCCAUCCAUGAUUCCGAUGGUGAGGGACCAUAGGAUGGAGCA